CUUUAAACUUAGAAAUAAUACACCUACUAAAUAUGCUAAAGGGUGUAGUUUGCAUACUAACCCUUUAAAAAACCUGAGCAAAUUGGCUUUUUUUUAAACAUAGGAGGAAGAGUGAGCAAUGAGCGACGAAAGAAGAAAUUAUUAAAAAAAAAAUAAAAAUAAGAAAAUUAGUAAAAAAAAAAAGUUAAAAACAACUAUGUAAUAAUAAUAAAAGUAUUAAUAAUAAAUAUAGAUUAUUAUGUUAUUUAUUAUAAUUAUUACUAUUUUAAUAUAUUACGUAGGAGAUUAAUCAAUUAUCAGAAUUAUUGCUGAUAAUUUUUUGUCAACCGAAUAAUCGAUUAAUUGAUUAACUAAUCCAAAAACGUCAUUAAUCCAUCAUGGCCACUUCCAGGACAAAUCGGGACAAAUGCUGGCAGCCGCCUACGUGGCUGGCUGAGGCGUUUACUGUCCUUCCUGUGCGAUCGGAAUUUUGAGCGUUAAGAUUAGAGCUCAGUUUAACGAUUAAAACAGAUUGGAAAAACGCGAUUAAAAAUUACAGUUUUGCUUUAAACUUAUUGUGUGGCUCGAGAUAAAAGAUAAAAUGUUAAUUUGUGUGUUGUAUUUGUUAUAGAUUUGUGUUUUUUACUGAAAAAUCAUGUUAGUGUUUGUACAUACGAGCUUAAAAUGAGCAUAUGAAGGCGGCAUUUUCCCAAGGAGACGGCUGAGGCAGAAAUCUUGUUUUAACGGUUACACGUUAAAUGUACUCUUUACGUUACUGUAGCAUCCGACAUUAUGAGCUCAUCGGCGAAUGAAGUGUUUUAUUUCACUUAUCCACGUAACAAAUAGUUAGUUAGACUAUAUUUUUAUUGUCAGAGCCUGUUAAAUUCCUUCAAAGUAAAAGUUGCCAACAGUAGCCAGUUAGCUAAGAUGCCUGCUGAGUUAAAACAGAGGAAGAAGUCACAGAAACAAAGUGAUGAAGGGUCCGAAACGUCCGCUUCAAAUGUCAAAGAUGAAACGCAAAAGGUGAAGACAGAAGGUGGAAACAACACAGGAGCGAAUAAAACGUCCUCUGGUUUGGAUAUUAGAGGCUUAAUGUGCUUAUUGUCGCUUGUAGCUUGCGGGGCUCUCAGUUGGAUGGUGCUGCAACAGAACGAGAGGUUUACUGAAAUUGAGGAGAAGUACAGAUCUUUACACGUAAAGACUUCAAGUCUGUUCGACAUGGAGGAAGAAGUCCUGAAGGUUUCCAAAAAGCUUGCCGCCUCUGAGGACGACCUACAGGAGGCGCUCUCCACUGUCUCCUUGGCGACGCGACUCCAGCAGGAGAUCUCCACCCUCCACAGUGCCGUGAUGGGGAUGCAAGCUGAUGAGAACUCUGCCUCCCGUGACCUGCAGGCAGUUAACGGCCACUUCCUCAACGUGACGGAGACGUGGCAGGAGCGUCUAGCUGCCAUCAACUCCGACCUGUCUGCCCUGAAGGCUGAGUCACGGGAAGCUCACGCCACAGCCACAGAGCGGGUUAACGAGGCUGAGCAGAGGGCCCGGGCGCUGACGGAGAAGCUGGAGGAGCUCGAGGCCAGCACAAAGAGGAAUGCCCGAGCUAUGGAGCGCACAGAGGAAGACGAUACCAAACGGGCGCAGGAUCAUCUGGACUGGAACACCAAGCAGAUCCAAACCCUGGAGCAGCAGGUCAGCACCCUGAGCAAAAGAGAGGCGGAGCUCAGCUCUCAGCUCCAGGAGCACAUUCCCCGAGCGCUUGAGUGUGAAGAGCACCUGCCCCAGGUGGAGGAGGCGGUGCGCUCCAUCCUGAAGCUGGCGGGUGAUCUGAAUGGGGCAGAGAAGCGUCUGGAAGAGGUGACGCUGCAGGUGUUUGGGACUGAAGACAGCAUGCUGAAAGCACUCAGUGAAAUCCUUGAGAUCAGGCAGGAGCUGGACACCCUGCAGGCUCAAAACAGCAUCCUGAAGAUGAAGAAUGAGUUGUCCGUGGUUAAAGAGGCGGUCCGUGAACUCACCAUGGUGCUUAGGGGAGACACUGUCGACAGCCAAAAGGACUCUGAUGCUGUGGAGGAAGAGGAAUGGAAAUACGAUGAGAUGGAGGAGGAUGAGGAGUGGGAAAAAGACGACAUAGAUGAGACAACUCAAACUCCACUCGAUGACCUCACUGAAUGAUGUCAUUGUUUUGAGUCAACGAGGGAGAAGGAGUGGCCCUGUCAGACUAUUGCUGUAAAAGGCUGUCAUAGUUCAGUUAUGUUUCUCAAAACGUGCACCUCAUUUUAGAGCUACAGCUGGUAACUUGUCCCUUGCCGACACUGUCACUAGAUUCUGAAAGAAGUACAUGAGACAGUGUGAAAUAAAUCAUGGUCUUCCUCCCCUCCUACUGCCUCUAACUCGCUAGAAUCAGCAGCAUGGUCAGCAACAACCAAUCAGAACUGAGGAGUCUCUAACACAGCUGUCAAUCAUGUCAAUCACUCUUUCUGUGGUGGUCAUGAGAACAAGUUAACAGUUGGUAAACAAUGGAGGAGAAACUGGUGGUAGCAGUCGCUGGAUACCCAGAGCUAUACGGCCCGUCGAUAGACAGCAGGUUAUCAAACUGCCCCCUGAGUCGUCCUAAAAUAUGCCUGGAAACAGCCAUCAUGGAGGCGAAGCUCCUAGACCAACUGGUGGUACUCCCUGUGAUCCACCCUCUUCUCUUCUCUGAUUGGUUGUUUUAGCUGAGCUGCGGUAGAUUCUAGCAAAUGCCAGAAGGAAGAGGAACAUCAUUUUUUCACAGAUUAUCUGUCUAAUGUACUUCUGUCAGGAUACAGUGACAGUUUUAGCAAAUGUUUACAAAGAAAUUUCAGAAAAUUGGUGACUAUCAAUACAUAAACUCUGGUACACAUGCACUGUAUUACACAAGUAGAAUCAAGAAUAUUUAUUGUAAUAUUUGUUUAUUGUGGAGUGACGUGCCCCAUUACUCUGAUACAGUUAUAUAACAAUAUAUGUAACUACAUUAGAACUGAAAUGAUGAGUUGAUUAAUCAAUCAUUAUCAUUACAUUAUCUGGUCCUAGCUUCUGAAUUUUGAAAUAUUUUCAGCAGGUAACUGAAUAUUUUUAGGUGUUUGACUAUUUGUGGAAAAACAAGCAACAGGAAAAUAUGAUGGACAUUUCAUCAAAAUUCGUUGCAUUUUCUUGAGACAAAAUUAGUCAUUGAUGUAUCAAGAAAAUAAUAGAGACCAAAAAUAAUCAUUAGACACAGCCCCAAACUUCAUCUCUGUCAGUGUUAUCUUACAUUUGGUACAGGAAUAACUUCUGUAAAUGUGGAAGAAAUCUUAAUAUUAAUGAUGACUGUUACAUUUUCAUCUUUUGGUUUCACCUGUUGGAAGCAUGGCAGUCAUUUCAUCACUGAAUGUAGUUAAUAAAAUCACAGUUUUUAUUGAAAAUGUUGCAUUUGUGCAGAUUUGUUUUUUGCUCCUAUUUGAUCCUCUUGUGUAUAGAGGCACCAGUUUCCCUCAUGUGUUUCCUAUAGACGGAAAUAUGAUUAACCAACACCUCCUGAACACACAAGCAUCUUAACACACAAGCAUAUAGUUGUUGUAUGUAUCGAUCCAU